AGCGCUCUCUUAAUUUCCGCAAUAUGGUCAACUAAUAAGGUCAUCUUAAUUGCCAAUGCAGUUCCUGCGAUUUCAUAUCAUAUUGUAACACAUUGAUAACACGUCUUGAAACUGACCACCCUAACGUACCCUGCAUGACCGUCCAGAUCUGACUGACCACAUAAUAAUCAUAAAGCGAUAGAAUAAUUGCUCGUGUUUAUGAAUUGUCUUCCAAACACACUCCCCGAGGCUUGAGAUUCUUCUUCAGGUGACGACUUGGAGCCUCCGGGAAAUCCGCAUUACGUAAGAUUAUGCAACAUUGUAGAAGCUCACUCAGCCUAAUAUGCAAAUGAGAGUGACCAACGAACAGACGUUGCGUGGCUUUCCAAGGUCUUCAUGUAAAUGUGUGUCAACUGACCAUUGUAUGUGUCGCGUUAGGAAUGCACAUGUAUGUUCGGUGUCUAUACCGAGAGAUGGGUUAUACUUAUAGGCCUUCCACAGGAAACGUUUGGCACGGUUGGUGAUGGCAUUGUUGCCUUACAAUUGUUUAGCUGUAAAGAGAGGUAUUCUGUGACCAACAAAGGGGAUCUUUAGAUAUAACUCAAGUUCAGAGACUCAAGAAUUUCCAUAAUGAGCGAAGAGGAACAAAUGUACGAAUUUAACCCAGAAUAUGAAGAGGAAUCUUCGACAGAUUCGAAGCCAUCAAUUCCACCAAUAAGUUCAUUUACAAAGGGAUCUGGUAAUGGUGCAGAAGCAUUCCCCACCGGACUCUACAACUCAAAAGACAACACUCAUUCGAUGGCCAAUCUCGAAAGCAAUAACAAUGACAGCAGCAACACUGAUAGUUCUUCAGAAUCAAUGUCUGUCGCCUCCCCAUCACAACAAACACUUUCCCAGCAACCUCAAGAGACACAACAACAGCCAGCACAACACCAGCAGUUGCUGCCACAACCGCAAGCUUACAACCCCGCUGCUACUGAUUUUCCAUAUGCCAACCAGGUAUUAGUCACAUCAAGCUCGCAACAAGAGACAAAUGGAGUUCUACCAUCUCAUGUUAUUCACAGCGGACCUCUCCCAACUGCAAUGGCACCGGCAGGGAUGCCUUUGCAGGGCCAUACUGUCAUUCCAUUCAUGGCAUCAAGCAGUUCUACGUCAGGACCAACUCAAAGUAUAAUAUCAUCGGGUGGCCCUGAACAAAUGAUACAAUAUUCUACAUCAGCCAUGCAUCUACUGACCUCUACAGCGCAGCCCGUUUACAGCAUGCCAGCACCAGGCCAAACAAGCGCCAGUAUUAUUCAUGUCAACGAUGCCGUACCAGUACAACCAACCGUCUUACCUCAUAACAUUGAUUUGCAGCACCACUUACAACAUCAACAACAACUUCAGCAGCAGCAUCAUCCACCAAAAAAUGGAUCUGCAGAGAAGGAAGACCAAAAUGAUGAUUCUCGAAAAAUAUCUCUUGCCACUCUGGUUUCACAUGCCCAAAUGCAACCACCGGUCCAAGCUGGUUCAAAUCCAAGACCAGGUCUUCCCCCCCAUCUGAUGCAACUCAACCCCCCAGCACAGACCAUGUCCCCACUCGGUGGUCCUGUCCCACAACAUUUCGUUCCUGGUCCUGGACCAAUUCCUAUUCAAGGUUCCAUAGCCACCGGAAACUACGGAAAUGCACAGGUUUUACCUCCCCAGCCACAGCAGCAACAACAGCAAGUCCCAACGUCUGUAGUGUGCAUGCCGCCUCACAUGGGGCCACCUCCACAUGGCAUGGUUGAACAGCCAAAUCCAAUGAUUGGUGCUGGACCAGGACCGGGUGGAAUAGGGAUGCCUGAUGGUGUGGAAGACAGUCAGCAAAGUCCUGGAUCUUCUGGAGCCAGGAGGAACAAUAAGCGACGGGGUAACAAGAGAGAUGUCCCUAACGAUGAGAAAGAUUCUCGUUAUUAUGAACGAAGAGACCGAAAUAACAAGGCGGCGAAAAGAUCGAGAGACGCACGGAAAAUCAGGGAGGAACAGGUUGGCAUGCGGGCGCACUAUUUGGAGAAAGAGAAUGAUUUCUUGCGCGCACAAUUAAAUACUCUUCGUGAAGAAGCGAAUUCUUUGAGACUUCUCCUUGCGCAACGUCCUCCUGUAAAUCAAAUGCAACCGACAGGACAGCCUCCUAUGCAGUGAUUGUGCAUCUGUGAAAUCGGAAAUAUCUUGGAAAGUAUUGGAUUUUCUUCAAAAGGAUUGCGAGUAAUACCAAAUCUUUUUUUUUUCAUGGUAGGCAUUCGACUUCGACCGGAGUAAAUGUUUACCCGACAUUGACUAAUAAAGUAAGAUGUUUAUGAUGACAUUACUUCUUAUGCUUAUAUAGAGACUUGAAAACAAGGGAAAUAAGUAUAUGCAAUUUCUGACAAAAAAAUAGUUCAUCCAUCUAAAAAAAAGAACUCCAAUUCAAUUAAGGCUGGCUUGGUAUAGGAACGCAUAUACAUGUAUUGAAGUCCGUAAAUAACUCCAGUAAAUUGAAAAGCAGUUGCAAAUUCAAGUUAUGUUAUGCAGCAGUAUAAAUUAUUUGAUUUUCUUUCCUUUUUCUGGAGAAUAGGGUUAAGAAAAAAUGUGAUCUUCAAUAAUCACCAAAAACUUUAGAUCAUUUGUAUAUCACUUGCAUAUACUGUGAUUUUAUACCUCUGUUUCGAUGAGAUCAAAUACUAACUGGUAUGAUUCUCAUUCCUUGAUAUGAUUCUUAUUUUAGAGAGAGGUCUAAGAUUGUCAUUUUUUAUGAAAAAAAAAUCAUUUCAUGGGUAAUGUACUUGGAAUGUUGCUUUCCGAUGGAUGGAGAUGAGUCAUAUAUAUAUUUUCCCUGUCAAACACGUGUUAACCCUAACUUACCUGGGGGCCUUUUAAAGCCCCCCCCCCCCCCCUCGACAUUUUUCGCGACAUUUCCGCUGCGCGAAAUUUUUUGACCGCGCCGCUCGCUGACUUUUUACCUUCAAGUCUCGUCCAACUUCAAAGACCAAAUUUGUGACGCCCGGGCACCAGUUACGAAAUAACAAAACAUUUUAUAACUGCAUGUCAGACCAAACUUGCUCAAUAACGUUUAUAUCAUGUGCAAAGUCAGUUCAAAAUCUGUUUCACUUGCAAUUCAUAAAUAAGUGAUUAUUCUCACUUUUAUUGACAACAGUCAUUUGAUUUUAUGGUGUUAUGACUGAAAUAAUGUCCCUGAUGAGUUUUGUCAAAAGACGAUAACAAUAAAAA